GGUACACAUGUAUUAUCAGCAGUGUACCAGGAAAAUGAAAAUUGACGAGCUCUUAAGAGCUAGUUAACAUAUAAAAAGAACAGAAACAUCCUAGGGUUCGUGCUCUUAUAGAAUCAAAUAUAUAUAUAUAUAUAUAUAUAUAUAUAUAUAUAUAUAUAUAUAUAUAUAGAGAGAGAGAGAGAGAGAGGAUUUAUCUGCUUUGAAAGAGCAAUAUUAUCAAGAGUGAAAUUCCCAACUUCAUAGAAUGCUUACUGAGCCUUCCAAUAAGACAACAUAAUUGGAAUGUUGCUCGCCACCAUCAAGCAUGGGGGAAGUAUCUCAAAGUCAAGAUGUAGAGCCUGCAACAUCAACUAACAUCAUUCCAAGUCAGUUCGAUCAGCUAGCUCCGGCUUUUUGCAUAAGUGAAUGCUUAUUCGAUCUUCAGCAAGAUGAUGAUUAUGAAUUUCCUACUUUCCCUUCAUGCUCACAGGUUCCUGGGCCUAAUGAUGCAAAGAUGUCAUCAAAUCAAUCAUCCAGGGGUAACAUUUUCGAUGAAUCCAGUUGGCAAACAGUUCUGAGACCUUAUUUAUUUAGCAACCAACACCAUAAAUAUUGUGAAAAGACUCAAAAACAUCUUUCUUCCAUUAAUUUGGGGGGAAGUACAUCCCUUUCACUUGAGCGAGUCCAAUUACUUGGAGACAAUGCAACCUUGAUUGGAAGGCCCCUUCAGCCUACUUCUGAUAGACAGAAUGAUCCCGAAGUAAGUUCUCUACUUAACUUUAUUCUGAUGUUCUUGUGUGCAUACAUCAUGUCUGGUUUUCUUUUGUAUCAAAUGUGUUUAUUUCAACUUCCUAUCCAAAUCUGGUAUAAGCUUCUCAAGUCUCAGCAGCUGGAAUCAUCUACAAGACAUUUGGGGGAUGGUUCCUCUACUUCCAGCGGUUCAGGAUCUUCUGGACCAAUUUUCUCGAGUAAAAAACGAAUUAGAUGGACUCAAGGUCUUCAUGAGAAGUUUAUCAAGUGUGUCAAUAGCCUUGGUGGUGCCGCAAAAGCAAAACCAAAGGCCAUACUGAAGAUGAUGGAAACGAAAGGAUUGACCAUCGUUCAGGUCAAAAGUCACUUGCAGAAAUAUCGAUCUGACAAGUACAUGUCAGAAUGUAAUCAAGCAAAACCUACAAUCAACGACAUGCCCCAACUUGUCUUCUCUUCUAGAAUUAGCAUGAGAAUCAAGGAGGCACAGCAACUGCAGCUAGAUAUUGAGAAGCAUCUUCACGAACAGUUAGAGAUUCAGCGAAAUCUACAGCUGCAAAAUGAGGAAAAUGGGAGGCAGCUGAAGCUAAUGCUGGAGCAACAACAGAAAACAAACAAAAGCCUACCCUAAACUUGAGGCUGAAAAGCCUGCGAAUUGCAGCAUCCAUUAAUCUACCAUGAAGAUGUUAGAAUUUCAACCGCGGAAUACCGGCUUCUCAUUCUAGUUCAGUUUAAUCAAGUUUGUAUAUGUGCAGCAAUAAAAUUCCAAAAAGACUCACCAUCUGCAAGGAUUAACACUUGUUUAAUGGAAAGCAAGCCUUAUUUGGUCUGCUUUUACAUAUAUCAGUUAUAAUGAGAAGUGAGAUUCAGAAAACUUCCAAUUCUAUACUAGAACAGCUAUCAGAAAAGAGGGAAUGUAUCACAGGCCUUGCUUCUUGUCAUAAGAGAUUGAGUUUUGAACUUGAGUCUUGACCA